UACUAUACGAAUUUCCUUAAAGUACGUCACAAAAUUAAUUUGUUUUUUGAAAGAUCACCAAAUUAAAUUUUGAAUACUCGUAACAAUUUUUGUACGACUACAUAAAAAAAAAAAAAAAAAAAAAAAAAGACAAAUUCCAAAACCAACCCUUCACCGUCUUUGCUAUUGCUACUGCACGAAAAUAUACAGGACACCAAAAAGAGGAGAGAGAAUUUAAAAGGCUGCCAUUUUUCUCAAAGCAAAAUUUAGAGAGAGAAAGAGAGGAGAGAGAAAGUUAGAAGGGUUCAACAAUUAGGGGUUUCGUCUCCAUUUUCCGAUCUCAUAAACCCUAGCAUUUCCUUCAGUUUUCUCUCUCUCACCUUCGAUUUUUCAAUUUGCUCCUCGUUUUUCUUCUUCUAAUUUUUCAGGGACCUGCCAUGAUUUUCUUGUGAGUAUUUCGAAAUUGCAAUUGUCAGUGGUUGUGAGAAAAAAGCAUUAUUUAAGAUUUGCUAAUGGACCUCCAAACACAAGCGCACUUGGGAGGCAAUGGGUUAUUGAACUUUAAUGGUGAAGCAUGUAAUGGAAAUGAUGGAAAAACUGAUAGUUUCAAUAGAAUUAUCAUGGACGUGAUUGAGUGGCUGAAUGGGCAGCUCCCUGAUUUGAAUGUUCCAGCAAACUCUUCACUUGAGGACUUAAGAUUUUGUUUGCAAGAUGGAACUGUUUUAUGUCACUUGUUGAAUAGGCUUAGCCCUGGAGCAGUUGAAAUGGAUCGUAAUUUGGAGCCCCAAGCCAUGGUUGAAAGGUUUUUGUCAACUUUGGAUAAAAUGGGCUUGCCUAGAUUUGAAGUUUCAGAUUUAGAACAGGGUUCAAUGAUCAAGAUCUUGGAGUGGCUUCAGGUGUUUAAGAGUAAUUUUAGCUCUAACAUUGAUAGGGAAGCUGCUCGCAACCAUGUGAGAAAGAAAUGGAAUGUGCCAGAGAUUGAAGAUUUGGAUACUACUGAUCAUUCCCAGCUGGAUGCUCUCAAUUCUACUAAGUUUGGACCAGAUAAAAGAAGGAAUUCAUGGGAAUCAAAGUUUCAAACUGUCCUUCGCAGUACUACUUUAUCAGGAAAUCUUGGUCCUGAUGUCAAGGUGUCAGAAUUGAUGAAGUGGAACAGCUUAGAUAAAACUCCUAUGCAAUUGCUGUUUAGCAUGGUCGACAGGGUCUUGGAUGAAAGUUUGGAUAGAAAGAGUGGGGAUGUAUCUCAUCGUGUGGCUUGCCUUUUGAAAAGACUUGUACGAGAGAUUGAGCGCCGGGUGUCAAAUCAAGCAGAUAAAAUAAAAAAUCAAAACAAUCUCUGCAAGGUUCGUGAAGGCAAAUAUCAAUCAAAAGUGAAAGCCCUUGAGACGCUUGCUGUUGGGGCCGCUGAAGAAAGUGAGGUUGCUGUAAACCAUCUUCGGCAAAUUAAGACAGAGAAGACCAAAUUAGAGGAGAAGAAGAAACAUGGUGAGCAGGAUGUGGUUAGAUUAAUGAAAGAAAGGGAUGAGCGUGAUGCAGAGAUAGAAGCUCUCAAACAAGAGCUAGAGGAGGUUAAAAGGUCGAAUGAGAAGCAUUGCUCACAAUUGGAAUCUGAAGCGAAAGAUACUAGAGCAAAGUUGCAGGAGAAGAUCAUGGAUCUUGAGUCUCUUCUACAAGUUUCAAAUAAAAAAGUAAAUGAAUUGGAGGAAACUUUUGAACAUGAGACUCAGAAAUUGAAAAUUAGAGACCUUCGUUAUUCUUGCUUUGUGGAUUCCCAAUUUGAUGUUAUGAAGGCACUAAGGAUGGAAUUAGAUUCUGUAAAGAAAGAGCUUUUGAUGACGCAAGACUGUUAUCCGCUUGAAUUUCAAAUUCUAGGCACAAAGCUCAAGGAACUUGUAGAUGCUGCCGAGAAUUACCACAUGGUUCUUGCAGAAAAUCGUAAAUUAUACAAUGAAGUUCAGGAUCUGAAAGGAAAUAUCAGAGUGUAUUGUCGCAUAAGGCCAUUUCUUCCUGGGCAGAAUGAGAAACAGACAACAAUAGAGUACAUUGGUGAGAAUGGAGAGCUUGUUGUUGUCAAUCCCCUAAAACCUGGGAAAGAUAGUCGGCGGUUGUUUAAGUUCAACAAGGUCUUUGCUCCAGCAGCUAGUCAAGAGGAGGUAUUUAUUGACACUCAACCACUAAUUCGAUCUGUUCUUGAUGGAUAUAAUGUAUGUAUUUUUGCCUAUGGUCAAACUGGUUCAGGCAAGACAUAUACUAUGACUGGACCAGAUAUGACGUCAAAGAAGGAUUGGGGUGUCAAUUAUCGAGCUCUGCACGACCUUUUCCAGAUUUCACAGAAUAGGAGAAGCUCCAUCAUGUAUGAAAUUGGUGUUCAGAUGGUUGAGAUUUAUAAUGAGCAAGUCCGAGAUUUGCUUACAUGUGAUGGUUCACAGAAAAGACUUGGGAUUUGGAGUUCCAGUCAACCGAAUGGCUUGGCUGUCCCAGAUGCAAGCAUGCACCCUGUUAAGUCUACUAAUGAUGUGCUUGAGUUGAUGAACAUUGGCUUUAUGAACAGAGCUGUAGGUGCCACAGCAUUGAAUGAAAGGAGUAGUAGAUCUCAUAGCAUUCUUACAGUCCAUGUCCGUGGCAUGGAUUUGAAGAGCAAUUCUGCCUUGCGUGGUUGUCUUCACUUGGUGGAUCUUGCAGGGAGUGAAAGAGUGGAUCGCUCUGAAGCAACUGGAGAUAGACUAAAGGAGGCUCAACAUAUCAACAGAUCACUCUCUGCUCUUGGAGACGUUAUCUUUGCAUUAGCUCAGAAGAAUUCUCAUGUGCCAUAUAGAAAUAGCAAACUCACUCAGGUUCUUCAGAGUUCACUAGGUGGACAAGCAAAGACAUUAAUGUUUGUGCAGCUUAACCCUGAUGUGGAGUCUUACUCUGAAACUACCAGCACUCUUAAAUUUGCUGAGAGGGUAUCCGGGGUGGAGUUGGGUGCGGCACGUAGUAACAAAGAGGGAAGAGAUGUUAGGGAACUCAUGGACCAGGUUGCAUCUCUGAAAGCUACCAUUGCAAAGAAAGAUGAGGAUAUUCAGCGCUUGCGUCUUGUCAAGGCUAGUACUAACAGUGAGAAGCGUGGUGUGAACCCUCUAAAGCCUGGGCUUUCUUCUCCUGGGAGGCAUUCCUUUGGGCCAUCUCGAUCGUCGCGCAAACUGUCAGGGCAGACUAGCAGACCAACUUCGGAUCAAGAUUAUGGUUCCGAACAUAGUGAUAGACAUUCUGAAGCUGGUUCACAGCAUUCGGUUGAAGACCUUAAGAACCAGCGUGAAAUCUUGAGGCAUCCAGACCUUCCUGCAUCUGAUGCAGUUCAUAAUUUUAAUGAUGAUAUCGAUCUUUUGGGAUUUGGAGAUGCGGACUCUGAAGAGAGAUUAAGUGAUAUAUCUGAUAGUGGCCUUUCAAUGGGGACGGAAACUGAUGGUUCUAUUUGCAGUGUUGUGGAGUACACACUUUUUCCUGAAGCGGCAAAACCAGAGGAAAACCUAGAAAAGUUAACCGUGCCAACCAAACUUCCAAAACCUCCACAAAAACAGCAGUCAGGGUCUUCUCGGUUGUUGCACGGCAAGACUUCCUCUAAAGCUGUAUCAAGUUCUAAGAAACCAGUGCCUACUAGCUCUUCAUCAGUGAAGCCUAAAGUCAGGCCUCCGAAACGGUGGGCUUGAAGCUGCAAUGCUCUUGCAGCUGUUGUAGGCUGUUGCGUAACUAUGUAAUAUAUAAUUAUAUGUCUGUCUUCUUUCAAUCUUUCUUCUCUCACCACAUAAUUUUAGCUUAGGUGAUUUAUGCACUUGAUUUGGCAGAUGUAACAUAUACGCGCUUGUAGUGUAGUCUUUGAUUGUAGAGGGGUUUAUCUAACUGUCCUUUAAGCAUGCUUUAAGAAGCAGCUCGAUUACUUCAUGGACCUGAAACAACUUGGUAAUAUUUGUAAUUAUGUACAGGAAAAAAAAAAUGUUGAAAUGCUUCCUAUUUCGAAAAUCAAAUUUGCCAAAUUAUCUCU